AUGCUUGUACUCACACCUGUACCAGUGCUCACACCCCUGUACCUGUGCUCACCCUGUACCUGUGCUCACACUGUACUUGUGCUCAUACCCCUGUACCUGUGCUCACACCCCUGUACCUGUGCUCAUACCCCUGUACCUGUGCUCACACCCCUGUAUCUGUGCUCAUGCUGUACCUGUGCUCAUACCCCUGUACCUGUGCUCACACUGUACUUGUGCUCAUACCCCUGUAGCUGUGCUCACACCCCUGUACCUGUGCUCACCCUGUACCUGUGCUCACACCCCUGUACCUGUGCUCACACCCCUGUACCUGUGCUCAUACCCCUGUACCCGUGCUCACCUGUACCUGUGCUCAUACCCCUGUACCUGUGCUCACACUGUACUUGUGCUCAUACCCCUGUACCUGUGCUCACACUGUACUUGUGCUCAUACCCCUGUAGCUGUGCUCACACCCCUGUACCUGUGCUCAUACCCCUGUACCUGUGCUCACACCCCUGUACCUGUGCUCAUACCCCUGUACCUGUGCUCACCACACUGUACCUGUGCUCACACCCCUGUACCUGUGCCCACCUGUACCUGUGCUCAUACCCCUUGUUCACCUGUACCUGUGCUCACCCUGUACCUCUGCUCACGCUGUACCUGUGCUCACACCCCUGUACCUGUGCUAUACCCCUGUACCUGUGCCCACCUGUACCUGUGCUCACACCCCUGUACCUGUGCCCACCUGUACCUGUGCUCACACCCCUGUACCUGUGCCCACCUGUACCUGUUCUCAUACCCCUGCACCUUGUUCAUGUGUACCUGUGCUCACCCUGUACCUCUGCUCACGCCUGUGCCCACCUGUACCUGUUCUCACACCCCUGUACCUGUGCUGAUACCCUGUACCUGUGCCCACCUGUACCUGUUCUCACACCCCUGUACCUGCCCACCUGUACCUGUGCUCAUACCCCUGUACCUGUGCUCACACCCCUGUACCUGUGCCCACCUGUACCUGUUCUCAUACCCCUGCACCUGUGUUCACCUGUACCUGUGCUCACCCUGUACCUCUGCUCACGCUGUGCCUGUGCUUACACCCCUGCACCUGUGUUCACCUGUACCUGUGCUCAUACCCCUGUACCUCUGCUCAUGCUGUACCUGUGCUCACACCCCUGUACCUGUGCUGAUACCCCUGUACCUGUGCCCACCUGUACCUGUUCUCAUACCCCUGCACCUGUGUUCACCUGUACCUGUGCUCACCCUGUACCUCUGCUCACGCUGUGCCUGUGCUCACACCCCUGUACCUGUGCCCACCUGUACCUGCGCUCGUGUCCCCGUGUGUACCCCACUCCGGGC